CUCAUUCCCCGGUCUUCCUCUUCAUUCAGGCAGGGAGAGACCUGGAGAUUCUCCCCUGGACCAGAGUCGCCUUCGUCACCACCCCCGUCUCCAAUCACCUGGCCCAGGAUAAGGGAGGAGCCAGGUGGGCCCCAACGCGGCCCGCCCCUCUGUCCCCUCCACAGGCGAUGCCAAGGAGCCGGUGAAGGCGCCCCGCUCCCCUCCGCCAUGGCGGCCAGCAGCAGGUACUCGGCGGCCCCCCGGCAGGACGAGGAUGCCCCCGCGGAGGCCGAAGGGGUCCAGCCGGACCAGGAGCAGAUGAAGCUGAAGAAGGAGAUCUCCCUGCUGAACGGCGUCUGCCUCAUCGUGGGGAACAUGAUCGGGUCCGGCAUCUUCGUCUCGCCCAAGGGGGUUCUCAUGUACAGCUCCUCCUUCGGCCUGUCCCUGGUCGUCUGGGCCGUCGGGGGCCUGUUCUCCGUGUUCGGGGCCCUGUGCUACGCCGAGCUGGGCACCACCAUCAAGAAGUCCGGCGCCAGCUACGCCUACAUCCUCGAGGCCUUCGGCGGCUUCCUGGCCUUCAUCCGCCUCUGGACCUCCCUGCUCAUCAUCGAGCCCACCAGCCAGGCCAUCAUCGCCAUCACCUUCGCCAACUACAUGGUGCAGCCCGUCUUCCCCAGCUGCGAGGCUCCUUAUGCCGCCGGUCGUCUGCUGGCGGCGGCCUGCAUCUGCCUCUUAACUUUCAUUAACUGCGCCUACGUCAAGUGGGGGACAAUGGUUCAAGACAUUUUCACGUAUGCCAAGGUGCUGGCGUUGAUCGCUGUCAUCAUCGCCGGCGUUGUCAAGAUCUGCCAGGGACACUCGUCUCAUUUCGAGAACGCGUUUGAAGGCUCGUCACUGCAGAUGGGGGACAUCGCCCUGGCUCUGUACUCAGCCCUCUUCUCCUACUCGGGCUGGGACACCCUCAACUAUGUCACCGAGGAGAUCAAGAACCCCGAGAGGAACCUACCCCUCUCCAUUGGCAUCUCCAUGCCCAUUGUCACCAUCAUUUACAUCCUGACCAAUGUGGCCUAUUACACCGUACUGGACAUAAAGGACAUCCUGGGCAGCGACGCUGUUGCCGUGACUUUCGCUGACCAAAUUUUUGGGGUAUUCAACUGGACAAUCCCUCUGGCCGUCGCCCUGUCUUGCUUCGGGGGUCUCAACGCCUCCAUCGUGGCUGCAUCCAGACUCUUCUUUGUGGGCUCACGAGAGGGCCACCUCCCCGAUGCCAUCUCCAUGAUCCACGUAGAGCGGUUCACCCCCGUGCCCGCGCUGCUCUUCAACGGGGCCAUGGCCCUGGUCUACUUGUGCGUGGAAGACAUCUUCCAGCUCAUCAACUACUACAGCUUCAGCUACUGGUUCUUUGUGGGCCUCUCCAUCAUGGGGCAGCUCUACCUGCGCUGGAAGCAGCCCGAUCGCCCUCGCCCGCUCAAGCUGAGCCUGGUGUUCCCCGUCAUCUUCUGCCUCUGCACCAUCUUCCUGGUGGCCGUCCCGCUGUACAGCGACACCAUCAAUUCCCUCAUCGGCAUCGGCAUCGCCCUCUCGGGCCUGCCUUUCUACUUCUUCAUCAUCCGCGUCCCGGAACAGAAGCGGCCCCACUGCCUCCGCAGGAUCGUAGCCUCGGCUUCGUGGUACGUCCAGGUGCUGUGCCAGUCGGUGGUAGCGGAGAUGGAUUUGGAAGACGACGAGGCGUACAAGCGUCAGGACUCCAAGUCCAACUGAGCCACUCCCACCGCCUCUCCCGGGGGGAUGCCGAGGGCAGGAACUUCCCUUCUCCCAUGGCCGGGGUCAAGGACGGAGUGGUGGUGGGGGCUGGAUCACCCCCACCGGGCCUGGGGACGGUGGCAGUGCCCCCACUGAACUGGCUCCAAGAGGCCGAGCGUAACUUAUUUGUUUUGCUGCUGCCUGUUUCAGGUUUUGUUGGUAAUGGUGCAACUGGGGGUGGGAAGGAGGGGAUCGGGUCCCUCCCCCGGUCCCACACCUCUUCCCACCCAGGGCGGGCUGGCACCGAGGCCUGUUGCCACUGCAGGUGAGCGGCUGGCCGGGCAGGACGGAGAGGGACGUUAGGCCACAGAGAACAAUAAAGGGGAAUUGCUCCA